AUGGAAGACAACAGAUCAAGGGCAAAUCUGAUCGGUGCCUUCGAAGCCAUAGAAGGCGAUGUCGGGGACUUAUCUUCAUGGGAAUUCAUCAACGCCUCCGACGAUGAUGAGGAAGAUCGAUUUUCUUACAGUUCAGAAGACCUCGAAGUCGAAGAGUCGAAAGACCCAAUUCCGUUUGGAUCUCCAUCUUCUGACAUCUCCAUGGAAUCUUUGUCUGAUCAACUCCAACACUGCCAUCAAAUCACCAAGGCUCUUGAUGUUGAUGAUGAUGCGGUGAUUGAUGAAUCCAAUGGCGGUGAAUGCUUUGAUGAAGAUGAGGAUGGGGAUGAGGAUGACGAUGGGUUUGAUGGGGAUGAGUAUGAUGAGUAUGACGAUGAGUUGGUGCCUAGGUGGGCCAGUGAUAAGUUUGGGAAGCAAAGGAUGAAAAAAUUGGGGAAGAGGGUGAAUCCGAAGAUGAACAAUUCCAGAAAGGUGCCUUGUUAUUACUACAAUAGGGUCUGGGCUUGA